AAAACAAAAUCAAAAUACUCUUCUCCACUCACGCCCCCAAUUUUUUUCAUUUUCCCUAUUAUGACCUCACCUUCUCUUCUACUCUUCGCUUCUUUCCAUACCUACCCUACCUCUCUCUCUUCUCGCCGGUUUCCUCCUCCGACCACCUUUCUCCGCCUUUAUCUCCUCCCUCUUGUCACCGUAUAAAUCAUCCUCUCGUGUCAUUUUCGUAAAUAUUACUAGAUUUUAGAACCAGUGAAAGAGAUAGAGAGGAACUCCAGGUUCCCAAGCCUGAAUUUUCUGGGAUUCUGUUUGAUUUUCGUUUCUUAUUUUCUUGUUUGUUAUUUGUAUGUUAGCUUCUCUUACUAGAACUUUUUUGUUUCUCUCUCUCUCUCUGUCUUUCUCUGAGGGUCUUUUUUUGGGGUUCAAUCUGUAAAUUUGACGUAGCUUUUCAGAACCCUAAUAUGUUGCUUUUUUUUGUUCUGGUUCAAAUCUUCUUCUGCAAAUCUUAAGCUGAAGGUGCCAUGUGAAUCCUAGCUUUUGAGUUAUUUUUUGCUUUUGUAAAGUAUUAGACAUGCAAUUGUUUACCCCACAAGAUAAAAAAUUUAGGGUUUCUAAGCUCAAUCUUGCUUUUCAAGAUUUAGCUGUUUAGCUGCUGUUCUUAUUGUUGUUAUUGUUUUAUUCUUAGCUUUGAAAAGUAAAAUUUGUGAAGGAAUUUCGAAAUGAAGAGAUUGAGAUCGAGUGAUGAUCUCGAUUCCUAUAAUGAGAAGGGCUCUGCUAAAGAUUCGAAUCCCAGUCGAUCGUCUCGAAGCUUUUACUACAAAUCUGAUAAUGUACGGAAGGGAUUGAUGUCCACUUCAUCUUCGUCGAGCAGGUACGAUCGGGAUCGAUCCAUGGAUGAUGAUAGUCGGGAGAGCUCCAGGAUGGUUCGGAAGAGGUCCGAUCAUGAUUUCGAUAGCUUUGAUCGGAGAAAAGGGGUUGGCGUAGGGUUUGAUAGGUAUAGUAGUAGAGAAGGGUAUGGUGGAGGUGGAGUUGGUGGUGGCAGUGAUAGAAAUAUUCAUCGAUCUGAGAGCUUUUGUGGGUCGCGGAGGGAGUUUCCGAAAGGGUUUAGAUCUGAGAGGGACAGGUCCAGAAGAGAAGGCAGUGUUUCAUCUUGGAGGAGAUUUGGUAGUGGGAAUAAGGAGUUUGAAGAGAUUAGAGGUGGUAGAGGUGGAAAUGAGGAGAGAAUGAGUGCUGCUUCUAGGUCUUCUCCUAAGGGAUUGAGGGAUGUGAAGUCGCCCACAUGGUCCAGGGAUUCGGGGAGUGAGCAAACCAGGGUGGUGAGAGGCGGUGGGAGGGAUGAGGGGAAGGGGAAAUCAUCAACUUCAAAGUCGAGGUCAUCACCCACAUGGUCAAAGGAUUCAGGAAGUGAGCAAUCAAAAAGCGUGGAGGUAGGAAAGAAGGGUGAAGUGGAGGCUAAGAGCAUUGAAAUGGAGGUGAAGAGUGUUGCUAGUGGGAGUAAGAGCAUUGAAAUGGAGGUAAAGAGUGUCUCUAGUGGAAGUAGUAGUGAAAUGGAAGAAGGGGAGCUCGAGCCAGAACCUGAAUCAGUUCAUCAAGUUGUCAAGAAAGAUAAAAAUGAUAAUGAAAAAGGAGGGCAAGAGAAUGUUUUGUCUGAUGCUGAUCACAGAGAGGUUGAGCCUGAAAGAGAGGCAAAGGAUCAAGUAAAUAAGGUAGAAAGGGAACCUGAUAAAGCAAGUAUUUCUGAGGGAAAAGAUGGGAAAGAAGUUGAUGAGAUGCAAAAUUGUGAGAAGAAUUCAAAUGAUAAUAGUGUUACCGAAGACAAAGCUGGCAAUGUGGAUGAUGAUGAAAGCGGUAAGGAGGCUGAGAGUUUGAAGGAAGCAAGCGGGUGCAAGGAGGAUGAAAGUCGGGAAAUGGUGAUUGAGAAGCCUAUAUUUUUGGAAGGUAAAAGUAGGCAAGAAAAGGAUAUCGAUCUUGAGGCAAAGGUGGAGGAAGUUGAAGUGCCGGAGUCAAAUAAAGAACUUGAAGAGGAGAAUGGAGGGGCUGAAGUGGAUACUGGUCUGAUUACAGAGGGUCCAUGCCAAAGUUUGAAGGAUAAAGGCAAAAGUGUGGCCAUUUCACCAACCCUUGGUGCUGAUUCUGCUGAAGAUGGUGCAUGUAUUGGGAGAGAAUCUAGAAAACUCGCAACUUGCAGGGAUGAAGAUGAUGUGGAAGGACCAAGUACUAGGGGAUUUGAGUUGUUCACUAGCUCUCCUGUUAGAAGGGCACAAAAAGCAGAGCAAUCAGGUGUUAGUAAGCCAAAAGAUGAAAAGCUGGUGUUGGAGCCGCUUGAUCUUUCUCUUAGCUUACCCAAUGUUUUGUUACCCAUUGGGGCUGCUAAAGAUGCACCACAGGCUCCUGGUUCCCCUAGCAACGGGAGAAGUGUACAGUCUUUUAGCACAUUUCGUACAAAUUCUGAUGGGUUUACUGCGUCUAUGUCUUUUUCAGGUUCUCAGUCAUUUUUUCACAACCCAAGCUGUUCUUUAACACAGAAUUCAUUGGACAUGGACAACUAUGAACAAUCUGUUCACAGUCGUCCUAUAUUUCAGGGAGUUGAUCAAGCUAUUUGGCAGGGCCAGGCCCAAAAUGAUUCUAAGCUUAAAGAUGUUCCCUUAUAUCAAAGAGUUUUGAUGAAUGGAAAUGGCUCUUUUCAUCAGGCUCAAGCAUUACAAGGUAUGUCAAAUGGUCAAACAUCGCAAGGAAGCUCUAAAAUGGCCAAUGGACUGGAAAGGCAGUUGAGUUUUCAUAAGCAUAUGUCGGGAGGACAGUCAAGGAAUCCUGAUGAAACUAGAUCUCCUUCACACAGUGUUGGGUCUCAUGAUAUUGGUUCAAAUUAUAGCCUCGAGAAGAAACGAGCCAUGAGAGAGAAACAUGGUGGCAGCCUAUAUAGGAGUAAUAGCCAGAAGGAACAAGAACAGCUUUUGAUAGGCGGGGCAGAUUUUGUUGAGACUAUCAUCAGCAGAAUAGUGUCUGAUCCUAUUCAUGCAAUGGCUAAGAAAUUCCAUGAAAUGACAGGACAUUCUGCAUCUCUAGUGAAGGAGAGUAUCCGUGAGAUCAUGUUAAACGUUGAUAAGCAAGGACAACUAUAUGCAUUUCAGAAUGCUCUGCAAAACAGGUCUGACUUAACCUUGGAUAUGCUACUGAAAUCCCAUCGGUUUCAAUUAGAAAUCUUGGUUGCCUUAAAAACUGGUCUUCGGGAAUAUCUUCAAGUAGACAAUAAUGUUUCAUCUUCUGAUUUGGCGGAGGUUUUCCUGAACUUAAGAUGUAGAAAUCUAGCUUGUCGGAGUCCUUUGCCUGUGGAUGAAUGUGAUUGCAAAGUUUGUGCAAGGAAGAAUGGUUUUUGUAGUGCAUGUAUGUGCCUUGUGUGUUCAAAGUUUGACAUGGCAUAUCAAACGUGUAGUUGGGUUGGGUGUGAUGUUUGUCUUCAUUGGUGCCAUGCUGAUUGUGCAUUGCGGAAGUCAUACAUUAGAAAUGGUAGGAGUGCUACUGGGGCUCAAGGAACUGGUGAGGUACAGUUUCAUUGUGUUGCUUGUGAUCACCCCUCUGAGAUGUUUGGGUUUGUCAAGGAGGUUUUUCAGAACUUUGCAAAGACGUGGACAGCAGAAACAUUUUGCAAGGAACUUGAGUAUGUGAAGAGAAUUUUUAGUGCUAGCAAGGAUUUUAGGGGGAGGCAGCUGCAUGAAAUUGCUAAUCGGAUGCUAGAAAAAUUGGCAAAUAAGCAUAAUCUUUCUGAGGUUUAUAGUAAUAUCAUGGGCUUCUUGACCGGUAAGUACUCUUUAUUUUUCAGUUUUUGUGUUUGUAAAUCUAUGCCUUAUCCAUUUUAGCAUUUUUGUUGCUAUCUUUUUGAUAUAGGUGAAGGUGAUGUGUUUUGAUAGUUCCAAGUGAAUCUGAACACAUCCUAAUAUCACUAAGCUUCCAUUACUAAAGUCUCUCUGCAUGUUGAAUAAGUUGUGUUGAGAAAUCUAUGUAUGCCUCAUGAACAGAUAUUGAAUAGGUGUCUAGAGAUUGGACGUCACAAUUUUUUAAUUUUGUGGAAAACUCUCUUUAAUCCUUGCAUGUGAUAUGAGGUGCCAUCCUGUAGAAUGGCAUGUUGUUUCAAUUUUGUGGCUUGAUUUAUAUGUCUAGCCUCGUGAGUUCAAUUUAAGUUGUUUGAGAUCUAAUUAU